AUGGUUGAGGAAAGAAAUUUUCAAUUUUGGCGUCGUCUACUUAUUAUAUUUAAUAUAUUCUAUAUUAUAUUGGCAUUUACAUUUCUAUUUUUUGCCAUUUUUACACGAGUAAAUUCUUUAAUCAUAGAUCUUCAUUUACUUGUUGGCUUGAUAUUUCUGAGUUUAUAUUUAAUAUUUUUAUCUGUAUUUGUUGUUUUAUUUCUAUUUCAAUUUAUUCUUGCAUGUACGUAUUUAACGAUUCGUGGUGAAAACAAAUAUGAUUUAUUAAAAGAAAGUUAUGAAAAAUCAAUUGAUCAUAUUCAAUUAAAAUAUAAUUGUUGUGGAUUUAGUAAUCUAACGAAUUUUAAUCGGAAUGUCACAUGUCAGAAUUUACCUUGUUGCCAUUCAACAGAUCAAUGCUGCGAAACAUUACCCAUGUGUUAUACAUUAUUAAAUAGUGAACUGAAUAAACAUCUGAAAAUUAUCGGCUCAAUUCUACUGGUAUUUACAAUAACACAAAUCAUUGCUAUAUAUAUGACAUUGAAGUUUCGUAAUACUCGAAAUCCAGCCAUAUUUAUCUGA